AUGAGCACUCAUUCACAUUUACAUCGUCAUAAACAAGACAUUUCAAAGCACUUAGAGUCAUUACAAGCUAGGCUCGAAUUUGCUCGCUUUAAACUUCGAAAUGGCUGGCAAACCAAUACAUUUGGCGAUGUAGAAUAUUUCUGGAAGCAAAGACAGAGACAAACAAUCAAGGAAAUCCCAGUACCAAGAUUUACUCAGCAAGACAUCAUUGAGAGAAAAACCUGUCAGCUGGCUAAAAGAGGAAGACCUUCAAAAGCAAACUCGGCACUGAAUCGUUCAACACCUUCUCUGUCCAUAAAUAAAAAGCAACAUGCAAUCAAAAAGCAACAAUUUGCAUCUCAACAUGAAUCCAUACAUCAACCAACUUAUCACUUUCAUCAUUAUGAUCAAGAGAAUUGGAAUACAGAUAAACCUGGACGUCUAACUAGAAACUAUUCUGUGUCUUCCUUUGAUGAAUCUCGAGUGCCUUCUGAUCCAGACGAUGAACCAUCUAUCGUCAACAAUUCUUUGGAUUAUCUGUCCUAUGCCAUUGCUAUGAAAGAACACCAGAGAGAGAGACAAAACAGUGAGCAAAUGAUUGAAGAGCCUACUUUACUUGAAGAUGAUGAAGAUGAAGAUGAAGAUACAGAUCAUAACUUGAGAGAUGAUGUGAGCCCUGACUGGACUAGAACAAGUAGACUUCGACUGUCACUGUCGAUACCCAACCAACCAUAUAGCCAACACAAGAGUCCUGAUGUAUCAAAUACAUCGUCUCCUUUAUCAGCAACAAAUGCUGCUGCAGAGGCCAUGCUGAUGUUUGUUCAUACAGAAAAAAAUCAACAGGAUUAA